GGUGAUGGCAACGGCCAACUUCGGCAAGAUACAGAUCGGGAUUUACGUGGAGAUCAAGCGGAGCGAUGGCCGAAUACAUCAAGCAAUGGUAACAUCUUUAAAUGAAGAUAAUGAAAGUGUAACUGUUGAAUGGAUAGAAAAUGGAGAUACAAAAGGCAAAGAGAUUGAUCUCGAGAGCAUCUUUUCACUUAACCCUGACCUUGUACCUGAUGAAGAAAUUGAACCCAGUCCAGAAACACCUCCACCUCCAGCAUCCUCAGCCAAAGUAAACAAAAUUGUAAAGAAUCGACGGACUGUGGCUUCUAUUAAGAAUGACCCUCCUCCAAGAGAUAACAGAGUGGUUGGUUCUGCACGUGCACGGCCUAGUCAGCUUCCUGAGCAGUCUUCCUCCACACAACAGAAUGCACGUAGAAAAUCUAAUUGUGUGAAAGAAGUAGAAAAAUUACAAGAAAAACGAGAAAAAAGGAGACUACAACAGCAAGAACUUAGAGAAAAAAGAGCCCAGGAUGUUGAUGCUACAAACCCAAAUUAUGAAAUUAUGUGUAUGAUCAGAGAUUUUAGAGGAAGUUUGGAUUAUAGACCAUUAACAACAGCAGAUCCUAUUGAUGAACAUAGAAUAUGUGUUUGUGUAAGAAAACGACCACUCAAUAAAAAAGAAACUCAAAUGAAAGAUCUUGAUGUAAUCACAAUCCCUAGUAAAGAUGUUGUGAUGGUACAUGAACCAAAACAAAAAGUAGAUUUAACAAGGUACCUAGAAAACCAAACAUUUCGUUUUGAUUAUGCCUUUGAUGACUCAGCUCCUAAUGAAAUGGUUUACAGGUUUACAGCUAGACCACUAGUUGAAACUAUAUUCGAAAGGGGAAUGGCUACAUGCUUUGCUUAUGGGCAGACUGGAAGUGGAAAAACUCAUACUAUGGGAGGUGACUUUUCAGGAAAGAACCAAGAUUGUUCUAAAGGAAUUUAUGCGUUAGCAGCUCGAGAUGUCUUUUUAAUGUUAAAGAAGCCAAACUAUAAGAAAUUAGAACUUCAAGUAUAUGCAACCUUUUUUGAAAUUUACAGUGGAAAGGUGUUUGACUUGCUAAACAGGAAAACAAAAUUAAGAGUGCUGGAAGAUGGAAAACAGCAGGUUCAAGUGGUGGGAUUACAGGAACGGGAAGUCAAAUGUGUUGAAGACGUACUGAAACUCAUUGACAUAGGCAAUAGUUGCAGGACAUCCGGUCAAACAUCUGCAAAUGCACAUUCAUCUCGGAGCCAUGCAGUGUUUCAGAUCAUUCUUAGAAGGAAAGGAAAACUACAUGGCAAAUUUUCUCUCAUUGACUUGGCUGGAAAUGAACGAGGAGCUGAUACUUCCAGUGCAGACAGGCAAACCAGGCUUGAAGGUGCUGAAAUUAAUAAAAGCCUUUUAGCACUCAAGGAGUGCAUCAGAGCCUUAGGUAGAAAUAAACCUCAUACUCCUUUCAGAGCAAGUAAACUCACUCAGGUGUUAAGAGAUUCAUUCAUAGGUGAAAAUUCUCGUACCUGCAUGAUUGCCACAAUCUCUCCAGGAAUGGCAUCUUGUGAAAAUACUCUUAAUACAUUAAGAUAUGCAAAUAGGGUGAAAGAAUUGACUGUGGAUCCAACUGCUGCUGGUGAUGUCCGUCCAAUAAUGCACCAUCCACCCAAUCAGAUUGAUGACUUAGAGGCACAGUGGGGUGUAGGGAGUUCCCCUCAGAGAGAUGAUCUAAAACUUCUUUGUGAGCAAAAUGAAGAAGAGGUUUCCCCCCAAUUGUUUACUUUCCACGAAGCUGUCUCACAAAUGGUAGAAAUGGAAGAACAAGUUGUAGAAGAUCACAGGGCAGUGUUCCAGGAAUCUAUUCGAUGGUUAGAAGAUGAAAAGGCUCUCCUAGAGAUGACUGAAGAAGUAGAUUAUGAUGUAGAUUCAUAUGCUACUCAACUUGAAGCUAUUCUUGAGCAAAAAAUAGACAUUUUAACUGAGCUGCGGGAUAAAGUGAAAUCUUUUCGUGCAGCUCUACAAGAAGAAGAACAGGCCAGCAAGCAAAUCAACCCGAAGAGACCCCGUGCCCUUUAAAUCAGCAUUUGCUGCUAGAGGAUUCCCAGAACCCACAUUACUGUAACAUACAGUGGUUCAGCUGUUAAGGGCCAUUUGAAAGUUUGAAAUUUUAAGUGUCUGUGGAAAAUGUCUUGUCCCUUCACCUGAAUGACAUUUCAAUUUUGUGAAACACUCCUUUGUCUACAAAAUGCUUCUAGUCCACGAGGCACAACCAAGAUUGGGAAUAGUGAAGCAUUUUGUUUCAUUUACCCAAACAGUGAUUUACUUUUGGAGAUCCUUGCCAAUUUUAUUUUCUGUAUGAUGAAGUGAGAUUGUGGACUUGAUCCAGAGGUGAAUAGUAGGGGGAAGCCACAGCAUUUCCUUUUAACUCGGUUGAAUUUUCGUAGCAAGACUGAGCAGUUUUAAAUCCUUUGAGUGCAUGCAUACCUCAUCAGUGAUUGUACAUACCUUGCCCACUCCUAGAGACAGCUGUGCUCACCUCUUCCUGCUUUGUGCCUUGACUAAGGCUUUUGACCCUCAAUUUCUGAAGCACAGCCAAGAUAAAUUACAUUCCUUAAUUGUCAUUGUAAAUUACCUUUAUUGUGUGUACAUUUUUACUGUAUUUGAGACAUUUUUUGUGUGUGACUAGUUAAUUUU